ACGGUCUCUUCUGUUAUCGGCGAAAGCCAUUGAUCGAUUCAGAGAGAGAGAGGGAGGGAGGGAGAUGGACUGGGAGGCGGCGAAGAUGAUGUGCUCGUUGCAGUUCUGGAGGAUGGCCGUGUAUUGGGCGCUUGCCCUUGUCUAUUCCCGCUUGUAUCUGCUCUUGCUCCCUUACCUCUCCAACCUCUUCCCUUCCUUGCUCCGCCCGCCGCCGCCGCCCUUUCCUCGCCGCCGCUUCAGUCCAGGACAUCAGUGCCCCGUUCGGAGGCCCAUCUGCGUGGUCACCGGGGCCACUUCUGGAUUGGGCAAGGCUGCUGCCAGAGCUCUGGCAGCUGAAGGCUACCAUGUUCUUCUCGCUUCACGUUCUCCUCAGGCACUAAAUAAGGCUGUUUGGGAGAUUAAGAAACAUGAUCCUAAUGCCUAUGUAGAAGCAUUUCAACUCGACAUUUCAUCUAUGCAUUCAAUUAUGAAGUUUGAGUGUAAUUUAAAACAGUGGCUGCAAGAUGCUAAUCUUCAUCCUUCAGUACAACUUCUCAUAAACAAUGCUGGAAUAUUAGCAAAAUCUUCCCGUGUUACUGCAGAUGGAUUUGAUGAGAUGAUAGAAACAAACUACCUCGGUGCAUUCUUUCUGACCAAUAUUCUGUUGCCACUGCUGAAAAAUAGCCCAGUACCUUCAAGGAUAGUCAAUGUGACAUCAUUUACUCAUAGAUGUGUUUCUCAUGUUGAUCAAAACAAGGGAAUCCUAGCAAGAGAAAACUUCCAUGUCUUUUCUUCAAAGAAGUAUUGUUUUGCCCAAACCUAUGAAUAUUCUAAAUUUUGUACACUGCUAUUCUCAUACGAGCUCCAUCGCCAACUAUAUGCAAUGGAUUCAGCUUCAGUUGUCUCCGUCAUGGCUGCUGAUCCUGGAUUCGUUGAGACAAACAUAAUGCGAGAACUUCCCCCAUCCUUACAAAAGCUGGCUUUUAUGGUUCUGGGAUUCCUUCAUCUGCUACAAUCACCUGAAAUUGGAGUUGGUUCUAUCAUCGAUGCAGCUUUGGCAUCACCGGAAGCAUCAGGGAAAUAUUUCUAUGGGGCAAAAGGCAGGACAAUUAAGUCCUCUCCCAUUUCCUAUGAUGUAAAACUUUCAAAGGAACUAUGGUUAUGCUCAUAUGAGCUGUUGCAAGAAUGCAAGUCAAGAAUAGUGAACCUAUCAAAGCUUGAUUAGCUCCCUAAUCAUCCGAUUGGGGACGAGUGAAGACUUUUUUUGGUGCCAAAAUAUGAUAGCUGGUGCAAUUUCAGUUCCCACUUAGUUCAUUAUCUGUGUAUUCUGGAGGAGACAUCUGCAUCAAAAUGUAUUCAACAAAACAGUACUAAUGUUCAAGUAAAUAUCAGCCUGGCUUGUUUCUAAGUUGACUCAAAAGAGAAAGUGCUCCCGGAUACUUCCAUUAUUUAUUAUAAUUCAAUGAUUCAUCA